GCGUGGACUUAUCCCUUUUCCUCUAUGUCAUGGCAUGACGUUGAGGGGCGGGACAGGACAUCGAGAGGCUAGGAAACAGCUGCACCAAAAGCGGGCAGGGGAUGCUCAUCUGUCGGUGGGGUUCUGCAUGAAAGUGUAAAUAUUCCGAAUAGAAAAGAACCACACGGUUGCAGGAAUCUACAGCCCCGUGGAGGAACAGCGACAGAAGUAAGAAGACAACAUGCGGUGACUGAGGACUGAGGCAAAGUGUGUCCAGUGGUGGCAGCAGCAACAGCAGGAGGUGGAGGAGGAGGAGAAGGUCCUAGUUUUAAGGAAGGAUGAAGAGCCCAGUACACAGAUGCAGGGAUGUGGAGCACGGGCGUGGGCAGGUGGGAAAUGGGGCAGGACUCAGCUGCCUGCAGUCGGAGCAGCACAUCCCCAUCCCCAAAGAUGUCAUCACUUCCUACUCUGCCUCAGCCAUGUGGUUCAUCCGGGACGCCUGCGGCAUCGUGUGUGCCAUCAUAACCUGGCUGCUGGUUUUUUAUGCUGAGUUUGUGGUGCUGUUUGUGCUGCUGGUGCCCUCCAAGAGUCUCACCUACAGCAUUGUGAAUGGGACCCUGUUCAACUCGCUGGCCUUCCUGGCCCUCGCUUCACACCUCAGGGCCAUGUGCACUGACCCUGGGGCAGUGCCAAAAGGAAACGCUACCAAGGAGUACAUAGAAAGCCUGCAGCUCAAACCUGGGCAGGUGGUCUACAAAUGUCCCAAGUGCAGCAGCAUCAAGCCUGACCGAGCACACCACUGCAGUGUUUGCAAACGCUGCAUUAGAAAGAUGGACCACCACUGCCCCUGGGUCAAUAACUGUGUUGGGGAGAACAACCAAAAGUAUUUUGUGCUUUUCACAAUGUAUAUUGCACUCGUUUCUCUCCAUGCUCUGGUCAUGGUGGUCUUCCAUUUCCUUAAUUGCUUUGAAGAGGAUUGGACAUUGUGCAGCUCCUUCUCUCCCCCAGUAACUGUCAUCCUCCUCAUACUCCUGUGCUUUGAGGGUCUCCUCUUCCUCAUCUUCACCUCCGUGAUGUUUGGCACCCAAGUCCACUCCAUUUGUACCGACGAAACAGGAAUAGAGCAGUUGAAAAAGGAAGAGAGAAGAUGGGCUAAAAAAACUAAAUGGAUGAACAUGAGGGCGGUGUUUGGACACCCGUUCUCCUUGUUGUGGUUUAGUCCCUUCUCCACCCCUGACCAUGGCAAGGCUGAGACAUAUCAGUAUGUGGUAUGAGAGCUCAGCGCAGGGAAGGAAGCAUUUGGGUCAGAACCACUGAACGGACCCGUGACCCAUUUCUUUGGGAGACUUGAUUUUACUUAACCCCAACCCCGACUCCUGCGCCCACUGUAGCAUUCCACUUUUUGUGUUGCCAAAUUGUGCCAUGUUCAUUUUUGUGUUGCACGGUUUAGAAGCAAAGAAGAACUUGAGUUUUUUGUCUUCUGUUUUGCCAACACUGUGAUGAAUAUGGGUUUUCUGUACUACAUUAUUCCUGUUAUAGCAGAAGCAUCUCUGUUUAUGCCGUGUUCCUAACUCCAGGGAUUGUUUGAUGGACUGAAUUACAGAACAUCACAUUUUAUCCCAGUGGUUACAUUUCAUCUGCCACUUUAGUAAAAUAGAGAUCACUCUUUAGUGCUGCAUCCAGUGAACAAACAGCCUCACAGUCAGUCUAAGGUAUUAUUUUUUACCUGCUCCAGACAUCCCAGUAGUCUUCCACUGAAAGAGAAGAAAACGCAGCAUUACUUUGUCAAAGCAAAACGUUCUAAAAUGUAUAAAAUGUAAUCUAAAUAUGUAUUUAGAUGCGGCACAAAGUGGCUUUUUGUAAUUUAAGGUGAACUGACCUUUAAAUGUGAAAUACCACCUUAAAAGUCUUUUCCUCGAAGAAUCAUCAACAAAGCAUUUCACGCCUCACAUAUGCAGAAUGUGCAGGCAGACACAGAAAAGUGUGUGACCCCGGUGUUUACCAUGUAAAGACUUUCUUCUUCUUCUUCUUCUGUGAACGUCUCUGUGCUCUAUUUCUCCUUAAAAUCUGAGUGCACGGUGCAGAUGAAGGCUGGUUGACAAAUGUAUGUAUGAAUGGACCAGUUGCAGAUGCUGGGAUCUUUCCUUUUCCCUUUUUAUGCAGACAUUUUAUUUAUUUAUUUUUCUUAAAUAUUAUAUGAAGAUGUUUUCAGCUCAUGCACAGAGAAUAAAUACUUCUCCGUUGCUCUUCA